AACUCAUGCAGAUCCAUCAUAAAAUGGAAGUUGCGUAUCUGGGGUCAGGUCUGAAGAGGAGCCGAAGUCAUUACAUAACUGCGUGAGCAGAUAUCAGUGAACAUCAAAGUCACAGUCAAGGUUGCAAGGAACAAACAUUAGCUUAAAUUAAGGAGGAUUCACCAAGAAGAGAUUUGGUGUUCUGGCAAUAGUGACUUUCUAAGCUUAUGGGAAAUUAAGCUUGCACAUGAAAAACUAUCAGUAACAAGGCCGUAUAACAGGUUCCAGUACUAUUUCAGGGAACUCCGACAUACACUCACAUGAAGCUACUUUUCUUUGAGGUCAACUUCUCUCAGACAGAAUGGUUGAUUCACUCCAAGGAACAUGGAAAUCCAUUUCUUGUGAAAAUUUCGAAGAAUACAUGAAAGAACUGGGAAUAAGAAGAGCCAGUAGAAAACUGGGAUGUCUGGCAAAACCUACUGUGACCAUCAGUACAAAUGGAGAUGUGAUCACGAUAAAAACCAAAAGCAUUUUUAAAAACAACGAGAUCUCUUUCAAACUGGGAGAAGAGUUUGAAGAAACCAUAUUAGGUGACCAUAUAGCCAAGAGUAUGGUGACCUUAGAUGAUGACUGUUUGAUUCAAGUUCAGGACUGGGAUGGCAAGAAGACCACCGUCAGGAGAAAAUUGGUGGAUGGGAAAAUGGUGGUGGAAAGUGAGGUGAACAGUGUAACCUGCACCCGGACAUAUGAGAGAGUAUAAACACACCCGCGACUCAAGGUCUUAGGCACCUCUCAACUGAUCCAAGCUGCUGAGGCUGUUUAAAUAAACUCCAAAAUAAAAUGUUAUGGCUGCCAACAUGA